ACAUCUCCAACACAUUUUAUUUUUGGAUUUAUUUCAAUAUGGCGGAAGGUCUACAGAAGCGGCUUCAAGGAGAGUUAGAAAAGUAUCAGGCUGUGCAAAAAGAUUAUCAGAAGUAUGUGAGUGCCCGUCAGCAGCUGGAUGCUCAGCUCAAUGAAAAUAGUCUUGUCAAAGAAGAAUUGGACAGGUUGAGUGAUGGCUCUAAUGUGUACAAAAUGAUAGGUCCAGUACUGGUGAAGCAGGACUUGGGGGAAGCCAAGCAGACAGUGCAGAAAAGGAUAGACUAUAUCAGUGGUGAAAUAAAAAGACAUGAAAACACUAUCAAGGAUUUAGAGAAGAAGCAAGAGACUCAUAGAGACAAUUUAAAUAAGAUCCAACAUCAGUUCCAGCAAGCACAAGUAAAGGCAGCAGCCAGGGCAUAGGGAUCCUUAAUAGUGACUAACAUUUCUAUUUUGCAGCCACUACUGUCUGUCUGGAAAUUCUUGGGGAAGGAAUUGCAGAAUUGUUGUGCCGAGGCAGUUUAAUAUGUCCUAUUGUCCAUACAGUUUUGCAGCUGUGACAUUGUUCAUGGUGUCACUACUGACAUCUGCAAAAGUAGUAGUCUAGGACUGAAACCCUGGUGUGUGAUUGAAGCUGACACAUAGUACUGAGAAGUGAUUUUGCUAUUUUGUUAUUAUGUGACUGCUCAUUUAAGUUUGUAUGAGGAUGGUUUGUUGGUAGUACAUGUUAAGUCAAAGUAAGUCUUGUAAUUAUGUGAACAGACACAGAUAUGCUAAUUCAAAAAUUUAAUUUGAACCAACGUCA